AUGCUUGGAGAGGUUUGUACAUAUUUUAUUUGAUUUGAUAACCUAAAAAAAGUUGAGAAAUUAAAAAAAGGACUUUGAAUAGGAUUAUAAUCUCUGUUGGAUUCUUGACGAUGUAUCUUCUGAUUUUUCUGAUAUUUUUAAUGAGUUUUUCCUUUUUUUCUCGAAUCGGAACUUUUUCUUAAAAAGAUAUGAAUAACCUAAUUUUUGAACUGUUCAAAUAUCCUCUCAAAAAAACUUUUUCGUUAAUUUUUUUCUGAAAAAUCGGCCAGAUUAUGAAAAAAAGAAAUGCUUUUUAAAAUAAGCCUUCAAACUUAUAUAUAAUAUACUUAUUGCAAAGGAGGUCACAACCGCAGCUUUUCGAAUUAUUUUUGCUUUUUUUCGUUUUUUUUUUCCUUUGUAAAUUUGAAAAUUUUCACAUUUUCAUUCCUACAAAAUCCAACUUUAACCGAAUCUUUUUUUUUCUAUAACUUUUCAUGACUUUUCUUUUUUUUUUGUUUGAAACUGUAUUAUAAUUUUUUCAUCGAGCUCUCAAACCAAUCCUUCUCAUUUCAUGUUCCAAUAUGCUCUCUUAAGAUCUGUCAAAAUCAAGACAACUUUUUCCAGAUGUCCGAGCUGAAAACCUACGUGAUUAUCGCCCUAUCGGCAGUCCUGUUCCUGUUGGCGAUGUGUAUUUUGGAUGCAUUUUCUCAAAAAACGUCUCUAGUCGACUCGGGAAUCACUUCGAGGUCUGAACUGACCAGAGCCGAUCGAUUAUUCGACCCGCUUAGCGGUCUACGAAGUGUCAACGAUGUGGAUUUGAAGAAAGAGAGAGGUUUGUUCUAGUUUUAAUUCUGAAGGGAAUCUCAAAAAAAAAUUUGAAAUUUUCUCCAUCUUAAAUUCUACAAGCUUAAGUCGCUGAUUUUGUUCACUUGCAUCCCAAAAUUAAUAAUAGGAAUAUGCAAAGUCGGAAUUCUGUUCGCAUUAAUUUUUCCUAAACGGGUGGCAACGGUUCCUUUUUACUGCCUUUUUCCGUCCUUUCAUCAGCCUUCAUCCUCCCUUUUUGGACCCUUUUGAGAUUUUUUUGUUAUCCUGCCUUCUCAAAGCCUUUCUUCACCCUUUUUGCACCCUUUUUGAGGCUUUUUAGCCCACCAAGAAAGGCUCAAUAAUGGCCGCAAAACGGAACCCUCUUAGCGGCCAUUUUGUAGUCAAUCCCUUUGUGCAUCCAUUUUCCGCACUUGAUCUCAUGUUUUUCAAAAAAACCGGUACACUUGGUACGAUUAAAUGAAAGCCGGAUGGGUUACAAAUUUUUCUAAAAAAAUUAAUGAAAAAAAAAGAAAAAUUCUAGCAGAAUUAUAGAAAUAAAAAAAUUGUUUCAGAGCUGGUUCUACGAUCGCAAUUCGAAAAAAAUUCCAAAUCGCUUAUUCGGAAGAGCACGCAUUCAUGA